AAAUAUUUAAAUAAUUAACAUUAAUAAUGAAGUUUACAGAAUCAUUCUGCAGAAAUCUAGUUCCAUGUUAUAAGAAUCAUAUUCUUAUUAAUUAUAUCAUUAACCGAUGCGCUUCAACCGGUGUAAAUUUCUUCUCGAAUGUAGAACCUACACAUUCUGUGAAAAUAGAAAUAGAAAAAUAUUGGAGGGAUAAAAUUAAUUUGUACACAUAUGAUGAAUUUGAUAUUGCGAAAGAAAAAUUUUAUGUGCUUUCGAUGUUUCCCUAUCCCUCUGGAGUACUUCAUAUGGGUCAUGUAAGAGUGUAUACAAUAAGCGAUACUGUUGCUCGCUUUUACAGAAUGAAAGGAUAUAAUGUUCUUCAUCCAAUGGGUUGGGAUGCGUUUGGAUUACCUGCCGAAAAUGCUGCAAUUGAGAAACAAAUUGAUCCUUCACAAUGGACGACUGACAAUAUUGAAGUAAUGCGAAAUCAAUUAACCUUGUUGAAUUAUAAUUUUGACUGGAACAGAGAAUUUGUAACAAGCGAUCCAGAAUAUUACAGAUGGACGCAAGAGUUAUUUUUGAAACUGUUUGAAAAAGAUUUGGUUUAUAAGAAAGAAUCAUUUGUUAAUUGGGAUCCGGUCGAUCAAACUGUAUUAGCGGAUGAACAAGUCGAUGCAAAUAAUUAUUCUUGGAGAUCGGGUGUAAAAGUAGAAAAAAAAUUGUUGAAUCAAUGGUUCAUUAAAACGACACCAUUUGCAAAGUCACUGUUAGAAGGUUUAAAUGAUCCAACGUUAAAAGAAUGGAGAGACAUUAUAAAAAUUCAAAAAAAUUGGCUAGGUGAAUGUAACGGUACUAGUUUUGAAUUACAAUUAAUAUCGAAUAUUCCAAAUUAUCCAAAGACGAUAAAUGUUUGGACAGAUACUCCAGAAUUUAUCGAGUAUGCUAAGUUUGUUGCAGUAUCGCCAAAAAGCAUGUUAAACUAUUCCGAGUAUUGUCAAGACGUAAACGAAGAAAUUCAAAUAUUGGAUGCUAAAGCAUUAAAUCCAUUCAAUGGAGAAGAAUUGCCAGUAUUUGUAACAGAUAAUGUUACAUUUGAACCUUUCAGAGAUACAUAUAUUGGUAUACCUUCUGCUUCGAUGAGUGAUUAUACAUUCUCCGAAACAGUUGGAAUUGAAUUUCUACGGCAUUCGAUAAAAAAUUACGAACAACAACAAGAAAAACUGUCAGAGGUAUUAUCUAAAGCAAGAAAAUGGAAUAUUGGUGGAUAUCGAGUUGGUUCAAGGCUGCAAGAUUGGCUAAUAUCUAGACAAAGAUAUUGGGGUACACCGAUUCCAAUUAUUCAUUGUUCGCACUGUGGAGCUCAACCGGUACCACGCAAUCAGCUUCCAGUUGUUUUACCAAAGAUUACAUUCUCACAUAAAAGAUGUACAUUGCUCGAUUCUAAAGAUUGGUUAAAUACAUCUUGUCCUAAAUGCGGGGGGCAGGCAACUAGAGAAUCAGAUACAAUGGAUACAUUUGUAGAUAGUUCAUGGUAUUUUUUGAGAUACAUUGAUCCAGAAAAUACAAAAGAAAUGUUUGAUAUUGAUAAAGUAAAAGAAAUAUUUCCCGUUGACCUUUAUGUAGGUGGAAAAGAACAUGCUACGUUGCAUUUAUAUUAUGCUAGAUUUAUAAGUCACUUCUUACAUUCGGAAGGACUAUUGCCUAGUAAAGAACCAUUUAAGCAAUUACUUGUACAGGGUAUGGUAAUGGGUAAAACCUUCCAAAUACAGAGUACAGGGAAAUAUUUGAAGGCUGAUGAAGUAGAAAAAAAGGGAGAACAAUAUAUACAAAAGGAUACCAAGAUACCUGUAGUCGUCUCAUGGGAAAAAAUGUCUAAAUCAAAAUAUAAUGGCAUCAAUCCUCUUGAAUUAAUAGACAAAUAUGGAAUUGAUACAACUAGAUUGUUAAUAUUAGGUGAUGUAGCACCAACUUCAAAUAGAAAUUGGAGCGAUGACAGUAAGUGA